GUUUACUCAGAGCAAUAAUCUUAGCUCAGUGACCUUCGACUUUGAGAACUGGUUAAUGGACCAGUCUGCCCCCGGAAGUUCAGAUGGUUCUUGGCCAUCUCAACUAAAUAUGUUAUCUCCUGAACCUCCUGUAGAUGCAGGGUGCCGCUGAAGACUGUUAACGUCGAGGUGUGCGCGUUGUCUCUGUGUUUCUGUGUCUCUGUCUCUCUGCAAAUAAAGUAGGAAAAACCAGCAGAUAUAGGGAAGCCAUGGCACUAUGGGUGGAGACUGGGUCUGAACCCAUGACGGAAAGCGAGAAAGCGGACCUUGACGCUAUUGCCGCCCUCAAAGAGUCUGCUGCCAUUGAACUCAAGGAAAAAGGUAACCAGUACGUUAAAAUGGGAAAAAAGCAUUAUAAUGAUGCUAUAGAUUGUUACACGAGGGCUAUCGAUCAGAAAGCUUUAAGUGAGUCGGAUAACUCUGUUAUCUUUUCAAAUAGAGCGCAUGUCAAUCUUCUGCUCGGUAAUUACAGACGAGCUCUUACCGAUGCCCAAGAAGCAAUUAGGCUCUGUCCCACAAAUGUUAAGGCAUUGUAUCGAGCUGCUAAAGCGUCUUUGGCUCUGAAUUUACUGUCUGAAGCAAAAUCCCAUUGCGAGAAUGGACUUGCACACGACCCAAAUAACGAAGAACUGAAGAAACUUUUGAGACAGAUUGAUUUGCAAAAGUUUGAACUUGAACAGCGCGAGGUUCAAGUUUCCAGCGCCAUUGCAGAAGCUAAGGAUCUUCUUUCAGCGAUUGAAAGUAGAGGCUAUAAGAUUGGGAAAGCAAUGUUUCGAGAACUUACUGGAUUAAGAAAGCCGGUGUUAGAUAAGAAUAAGAUUCUUCACUGGCCGGUUCUUCUUCUUUAUGCUGAGGUUAUGUCCAGUGAUUUCAUCGAAGAUUUCUGUGAGACUGACAUAUUUUCAGCUCAUCUAGACAUGAUGUUUUUAGAAAGCUGUCCGCCUCUGCCAUGGGAUAAAGAAAACAAUUACACCCGUGAAGCUGUUGAAAUAUACUAUGAGGCUAGUUCAGGAGUUUGUCUAUCAAAGACAAAAAUUCUUCGCUAUCUCCUGGAGGGGACAGCAGCUUCCAAUGUGGAAGGCAUUGGGGAUGAGGAAAAGGACGCAAGUGAGGGUUCUAAUCAUGGAAACUUUGCAGGCAAAGGCUCUCCUAAAUGGAUCAAAAUAAAUGAAAAACGUACACUUCACGAUGUAUUAAAAGAACACAACUUCAUUAUUCAAGGGAUUCCAGUGUUUUAUGUUGUUUCUAAAAGCUCUAGUUUCUACGAAGAAUUCAAGGCUGGGAAGUGGUCUCCUCCACCUUAAGUAAGUUGGUAGCUCGGCUUGGAGGUUUUCUCUGAGAUAUCUGAUGGUUCAAAUGAGUCUCAAUAUUUUUUGAUAUGUGAUUGCCUUUGGACCAACCAUUAAGAGAUGAAUGAAAAUUACAAAUGCUGUACUUGUAAGAUCGGUGCGAAUGAUGCUUUACAAAUUCCCAAUCUCUGUGUUAGUCGUCAGUUGGUUUCUCUUUUUAUAAUACUUUGGACCAAAGAUUUGAAGAGUUGUAUAUUUAAUAUAUAUUUUCAUAUUUAAA